GACUUUCAUCUUCCCAGUGUUGAUCCGAGGAGGCAAGCCAACUCCAAUGAUUCCAUUUGUAAUGGCUAUUUUCUUUUGUGUAGUCAAUGGCUAUCUACAGUCCUCUCACCUUCUAAAGUUCUCACAGCUUGAGUGGGGGCCUGAAUCUUAUGGCAGGAUAACAUUAGGUACCAUCAUCUUCCUGUCUGGAAUGGCCAUCAACAUCCACUCAGACCAUGUCCUUAGGAACCUGAGGAAACCCGGAGAAACAGAUUAUAAAAUACCUUAUGGUGGUAUGUUCAACUACGUGUCAGGUGCCAACUUUUUUGGCGAGAUCUUGGAGUGGGCGGGGUUUGCUGUGUUGAACUGGUCCCUCCCAACCAUGGCUUUUGCUGCUUUCACAUUGUUCAAUGUGGGCCCAAGAGCCAUGCAGCAUCACAAGUGGUACCAGAAGAAGUUUGAGAAGUACCCCAAGUCCAGGAAGGCGCUGAUUCCAUUUGUCUUAUAGGAGUUUAGGCCUGCUACAGACAGGGGCUGUAAGGGAGCACUCUUGUUUACUUUGUGUUUAAGUCAACUGCAGGUCAGAGGUCAAUAUUUGUAACAUACUAGAUCAUUGGAUGAUUCCUAUAAGUUAGAGUUAGGGGUUAGGUUUUAGUUAGUAGACAUCUGACGAGAGAGGUCAUGACUUUGUCACACACCACUUGAAUUUGUAUCGUCCCAGUGACUUAAGAAAUAGAUGGCUCACAUGACUUUGGUUUUUUUUGUCCUGCAUUUUUGGUUCUAAUUUCUCUGUCUUUGAUCUAAACAUGUUUGAAAUUAACCUUGUGUCACUUGGUGUGUUGAUUGCAGACAGGAGGUUAAGCUAUAUAGGGCUUCAUUUAAAGUCUUGUCUCAUAGGGACUACAUUUAAAGGCUUGUCUCAUAUGGACUUCAUUUAAAGACUUAUCUGAUAAGGACUAUAUUUAAAGACUUGUCUCAUAUCAUCUGUUUAAAUUUAAAGAAUUGUCUCAAAUGGGCUACAUUAAAACUUUCAAAGAAUAAAAAAGUAUCAUGUUUAGCUAUACAUUUUCUAAUUGAACAUACAAUUAUAGAUGGAUACAUUUUAAGUCCAUAUGAUGAAGUUGGCUUUGCAAUUUGUGUUUGGGCAUUAAACUUGUGUAUUUAUGCAAGCAAACGACCUAUCCCAUGUUUUUUUUUGUUGUAACCCAAGAUGCAUUCAUAAUAUAAUAACCAUUUACAGACUAAGAUUUUUUCAUAGUUUAAAGUAAAAUUCUUUUACCUGACUGAAAUAAGAAACAACACAAUAUUUUUUUUUAUUUUUACAAUUUUGUUUCAAUUUUUUAUAAUACAAAUGGCAAGUUGUAAAUUAAAGAAAAAAAAAACAUGUUUGCAUAAUAUGUAGAUUUACUUCUGUGUGUUCUGAAAAAUUUCUGCAUAAUUUUUUUUAACCCAAGUGCUAGCUGUGGCAGCAAUUUAAUUAUUUUUUUUUUGGACCCAACAAUUUUGGUCAUUCCUGUUGAUAUAUGGUUUUGGUUAUGCAAAAAUGAAAUACAUUUGUUCCUAAUAUAUUUAUGCAUUGCUUCAGAUGAAAUAAAUUUUUGUUGAGCCUGAAGAUGGAUGUCGAUGUAUAUUUUGUUAUUUUCUGGCUACAAAUGUGGGGCUACUAACAUUUUAAUUUGUUCCACUGAUUUUUUUACAAUUCCCUGUGUUGCAUUUAACUUUUUAAUAGCUAAAUACUUAUUUAUACAAUAAUUUUGUGUCAUUUUGUUUUAUGUGAUAAAUUGUGUCAGUUGUGUUUAUUGUAUGUAAGAUGGAAUAAAAAUCUGCUGAAUCACA